AUGUUACCUUUUUGGGCUAUGCCUAGACAACCUCUUCUAUGUGUACAGAUGCGACCAUCAGGUGCUUGCCCAUGAGCUUCACCCCCUAGGCCUGGUCCCCGGAGCAGCUUUAUGCAGCUUAUAACAUUGGAGGACCGUAUUAUAGUGACUUUUAUAUUGAAAUUUUAACGCCGGAAACUGUUUCCGCGUGCUGACAUCAUGUUCAGGGACGUAUUGUGUAAAUAAAACGGAAUGGCAAAUGCUCCUGAGAAGUUGAGUGCUUCUGUUAGUUCACCUGUUUGUGACUAAAUUACUUCAGCUUAUGCGAGAUAACUGUGAGAUCUAAAUAUAAAAUGUCGUCCUUAAAGUUUUGCGCUAAUUUGUCAUGGAUGUUCACUGAAUUGCAAGGAUUCCCGCAGCGCAUGUAUGCAGCAGCGGCGGCUGGGUUUCUGGCUGUGGAGGCAGCUUGGCUUUACGUUGCAGAUAUAAAUGAGCUAAAAGAAGCCAAGCGGCGAACUGGACUCCGGGUCGUACUCAUUAACACUCCUCCUGGUGACAUUAAGGCUGGGGAACUCGGUCUGGGUGCUGUCCCUGGCAGGCAGGCAGAGUUCAGACGGGGCUUGGAGAGUGCAGUGAUGUUAGCAAAAGCCUUGGACUGCAGCAGGAUCCACUUGAUGGCUGGGAGAGUGCCUCUAGGCAUGGACCGAGCCUGCAUUGCCAUGGAGAUGGAGGCCACCUUCAUAGACAAUCUGAAAUUUGCAGCAGAUGUCCUUUCAAAGGAAGGAAUUCUUGGCUUGAUUGAACCAAUUAAUACCAGGAUAACAGACCCACAGUACUUCCUGGAUACUCCCCAUCAGGCUGCUGCAAUUCUGCAGAAAGUUGGCCGCUCCAAUAUGAAAUUGCAGAUGGACAUCUUCCAUUGGCAGAUAAUGGAUGGCAACUUAACUCAAAACAUCCAGAAGUACUUCCCUAUCAUAGGUCAUGUGCAGAUUGCCCAAGUUCCUGAUCGUAAUGAGCCAGACAGCUCCGGAGAGGUGAACUUCCCCUACCUGUUCGACCUGCUGGAAACAGUAGGAUAUAAAGGCUACAUUGGCUGUGAAUAUAAACCCAACAGUACAACUGAGGCUGGUUUGGCAUGGCUCAAAGAGUACUGGAGUAAUCACAAGAGGAAAAACGCUGGUGUACCUUCAUGUCCUUCAGAUCCCUGAAGACUGUUGAGAGUCCAGUGGGUAGUAUCAUGCAGUAUUUCAAAUGUAUAAUUCACAGUAGUAAAUUAAUUGUAUAUUGCUUUCAGAUCAAUUACCAGUCCAGAUGCAAAAAAAAUUUAGUUAACUGUAAACCUUGUACGUUGCCCAGUAUUACUUUUCCAGCUUUGUAAUAAUUUGCUGAUUAUUCUGUUGUUAUAUAAUUCCUAGAUAUAAUUUUUCAUUUCUAUAUUUGGUUCCAAAAAUUGUGACACUGUGAAUGACCUCUAAUCAUAUCAUAGAUAUUCUGGACCUCAAAAAGGAAAAAGUUAAAAAAUUUUUAACUGUUGUUAUAUUUAGAUAGUUAUAGUAAUACUGGGACUAAAUUGGUUUAAGCAGAAGAGCACUAAAAAGGAUCACAAUCACCAAACAACCACCAACACACAUGAAGGGGAAACGCAGGGAGGUCAGAUAUCAGACAAAAAGACACACAAACAGUAGGUAGUUUACACAAUGGCUAAAAAUGUGCGAGGAUCGGACAGGAUUCAUAUAUAACACAGACAAGGACACGUGACAAUAGGGAUACAACUCAAGUAUUUACAAUAACACAUACAGGGGCUAUUUACAAUGCCCGCAGAGCAUGUGGGGAAAUGUUAAUUAGCUCCACUACGUGGAGUUAUUGCACUGGUGCUACAGUAUAUUCAGCUUCAUAGCCACUGGUUUUAUUGAUUAUAACCAUGUACGUAGCUUGAGGAAAAUAGUUUCCCUGCAAUGUUUUAAUAGAUUAAAAAUCUAUUUCUCUUUA